CAAACAACCUGCAGAUAUAAAGAUCAGACAAUUUCAGAAAACCAACCUAGUCAACACAAAUCCGCCCUGUGAUUUAUCUACCACCACCAAAAGCAGCAUUCGCCAUGUCAACUAUUGCGCGCUUCAAGCUAAUCUUUUUUGUCCCACCAUCGGCCCUCAAAGCUUGCAAGUCUGCCAUCUUCGCCGCAGGAGCAGGCCGCUACUCUGGACCAGGAACCUAUACAGAAUGUUGUUGGGUUGCCAUGGGUACAGGCCAGUUCCGUCCGGGCGACGCUGCGAAGCCAAAUAUUGGGAAAGUGGGGGAGCUUGAAGAGGUUCAGGAGGCUAGGGUGGAGACGCUUUGCUUAGGGGAAGAUGUGGUUAGGAAGGCUGUUGAAGCUUUGAAGAGUGCGCAUCCUUACGAGGAGCCUGCGUAUGAAGUGAUUAGGUUGGAGAAAUUUUGAAAUAUAGCCAAGACAUAUUCGUUGAAUAAGUGAAGAAAAAUUUGGAGUAUUUCUGCAAACAAAUUGC